AUGGAGGACAUGGAUCAGAAGAGUGAGGAUGAGCACAUCCAGAUGGAGGCAGAGGAGGAGAGGGAGCUUCAAGGAGUUGAUGUCAGGAAGCUGGAGGCUGGUAGAAGAAGGAGAGGUGCCUGGGGGAGGAAACACGCUGCCACAGUGGAGGCUAAUGCAUAUAGAAUAGCAGGGUUAGGGCGACCCCUGAUGGGCUGGAGGAAGCGAGGGAGAGGAGAGGUGAGCAGCAGUCUAAUGGCUAUACUUAAGGAGCUUCACGCUCAAAAGCGGCGGCUGAUGGAUAGAAGGAAAGAAGAGGAAGAAGAGGAAGAAGAGGAAGAAGAGGAGGAGGAGGAGGAGGAGGAGGAGGAGGAGGAGGAGGAGGAGGAGGAGGAGGAAGAGGAAGAGGAAGAAGAAGAAGAAGAAGAAGAAGAGGCAACUGAGGCUCCCAGCAAUCAAACAGAAACCCUCUCCAGCUCUACAGAGUCUCCUCUCAGCGAGUGUCAGACUGCUGACAGAGAGAUCAGCUGCAGGGGCCUCGGUAUGACUCGCCUGCCGAUCAUCCACAACCUGCUGGCCACAAAUCUGGACAUGGCAGGAAACAACAUCAGAGUCAUCACCCCACAAGAUUUCUCUGGUGUGCUGAACCUGGACACGCUGGACCUGAGCAAAAACCAACUGGAUGAUGAGUCGUUCAGCCAAAACCCCCUGUCUGUGAGUAACACCCACCAACACAGCUCUUUACUCCUUCACUGUCUCUAUAGUCCAAACUUGACCUCUCUGAAGAAGCUGAACCUAGAUGGCAACAUGCUCACCAGGAUCCCGGCCCUGCCGCCAUCUUUGGAGGAGCUCAAAAUGAACAACAACAAGCUCAGUGCACUUACCCCUAGCUGUUUCAAUGGUUUGAGUAACCUGUUGAAGCUGGAGCUGGAGGAGAAUAUCCUCCAUGAGGGCAGUGUGUCACCACAAGCUUUCAAGCCACUAGAGAGACUAGUGGACCUCCAGCUGAACAACAACCGAUUCCGCUUCCUCCCUCUGGGCCUUCCUCCAUCGCUUCAGGUGGCUGCUAUCACUUUACUGAUUCCUGAGCUGGAGAUGAGUAAAAAUCUUCUUGAGGAGGUGACAGAGGAGGCACUGAGGGGCUGCGUCCAUUUGAGAGUGCUGGACCUGAGUCACAAUCUGCUGCACGAGCAAAGCAUCGCUACCAACACCUGGAACCAUCUCAAAUCCCUGGAGGCACUGGACCUGUCCCACAACAGGUUCACCUCUGUCCCAAUGAACCUGCCUCGCCAUCUCCACAAACUGAGCCUCCAACACAACAACAUCGGUCGCAUCGCCACCUUCACGUUCCGUCACAUGCAGUCCAGCCUACAGUCCCUCCGUCUGUCCCACAAUGCCUUGAGCAAUGAGGGUAUAGAACGAGUCUCUUUUGUCGGAUUGUACCGCUCGCUGACAGAGCUCCUAUUGGACAACAAUCGUCUGGAGGAGGUCCCUCGCUGCGUUCGACAGUUUAAGAAUCUGCAGGUGCUGAGACUGGACAACAACUGGAUCAGGCUGGUGAGAGAGUGGGGAGUGUGCCACCCUCGUAACUCUGGCUCCACCUUGGCUUCGAUCCAUUUGGAAAAUAAUCUGCUGGAGGUGGAGAGGAUUCCCCCUAAUGCCUUCUCCUGUCUCACUGAUGCUCAGGGACUGGUCCUCUAUCCACAACAGGGACAUUCAUAAGACCAAUAGACCACACAGUGGGACGGACAUACAUGGAAACAUACAUCAACCAGAUCUAACUCUCAACUCAUCAGAUACCUAUGCUAGGUCAGUGGCCCCUGGCGUCAGAUAUUGAUGCACUGAGGCACCCUAUAGCGGUGGUGGGCAGGAGGGGCGGUGGAUGGGGCAAACAAACUCUGGUCUUUCCUGUGUCACAUGUGAAACCAAAAGCCAAUUAAGUUAAGUGUGUGUAGCAUACAAUGCAGGUGAUGUAUGUCAUGUGACAUUUGUGACGUAUGUCCCCUGACUUAACAAAUGUAUUUAUUUUAAGCCAAACCAGGAUGUUUUUUUCUAAACCUAACCACAUGCUU